AGCUUGUUGUAGUUGAAAAGGUACAAUAAUAACAGUGUUUGAAAUUAGAUGUUUGUAGAAAUAGGCUUUAGUCUAAUUUGUUUCUAGAGAACUUCAUUUGAUAGGAGUUUUACGCAUAUAGCAUACUAUAAGAGGAGGCCUAGAAUGUACUACAAUUAUAUUUAUGUAAUUAAAGUUGAUGUAACCUACACCGUUUAACUGAAAAUAAACAAUAUUGUUUAGUUGCUUUAGUUUAGUCUUUUUGUUCCUAAAGAUAUUUCAAAAUGUAUCUUUGGUUUUGGAUUGUGGCGGCCAUGUACAAUCUUUUCCCACUGGGCGAUUCAAAGAUAUGGGAAAUCCCCUUGCCAAAACACCUCCAAGAUUGUUAUAACCGAGUGCAGAAUGCGGACAUAAAAACGUAUGUCGGUAGUACCUACAGCUGGUUGUGUGAAAAUUCUUUGACAAAAUUUAACACAGAACAUAUGCCUUCUGCAGAUUUACAAAAGUCAAGCUAUUACAAGCAACUGUCAGACAAAUUAGUUGAGUCUACACCAAGCCUGGUUGGUAAAACUAGGGCUAAGCGUCAGGUCACUGCAAACAGAUGUUUACGUAAGGAAUACCGCAUGCUCUCAGAUGAUGAAAGAAAUCGAUUUCAUAAUGCUAUAAAUACGCUGAAGCGAGAUACAUCUGUGGAGCCUAACAAAUAUGACGCUAUUGCUCUGCUGCACGGUGAAGGUGCUGUAUUCACAGCGCAUGGAGGGGCGGGAUUUCUAGGCUGGCACAGGAUUUUUCUUCUCAUUUUGGAAACAGCACUGAGGGAGGUAGAUCCAACGGUAUGCCUUCCAUACUGGGAUUCAAGCUUGGAUAACGAACUCCAAGACUCCACGCAGUCGCCCAUUUGGUCCCCGACCUUUUUAGGUAACUCGCAGGGGCCAGUUGUUUCAGGACCUUUUGCCAACUGGACCACGCCACAAGGGGGACAACUCAUUAGGAAUGUCGGCACCGAUGGCGAACUAUUCUCUGCUACUGCCAUUUCAGACAUACUUUCAAGGACAAGACAUCAUGACAUCAUAACGUCCCAGCAGGUGGAUCCACGCUACGACCUGGAAUUUCAUCACGCAGCCGUGCACGUAUUCUGUGGAGGCUCAAUGAGUCAGCUGGACACAGCAGCUUUUGAUCCCGUAUUUUUCCUUCAUCACGCGUUUGUGGACUAUAUAUGGGAACUUUUCCGAACCAAUUUAAAAGCGCAGGGAAUUGAUCCACAAGUAUUUCCUGAUAUAACUGACUCAGAUCCACGACACCUAAGCACAGCCCCUACUGGCUUUGGCGACCUAACCCAGGCGGAUGGAUACCUGGAAGCUCUGACUGAAACCUUCCAGUAUGAUGCGGCUCCAGUCUGUUCGGCUAGAUCACCUGAUUGUGGAUCCCGAUAUCUGGUUUGUCAAGUGGCAACAGGGAGAUGUUUACCUACAGUAUUGAAUGCUGUCGUUACAACGCCUACUGCAACAAUCCCAACACUGCCGUCUUUUUCUGGAAAUGCUACAGACUUUUGUAAAAAGAAAAGCAAUGAAUUACCGAUACAGAAUGAUUAUUGCUGUGACAAGUCCUGCGAUACAAACAAAUGGGCGAUGAUUCCUGUUAAAGUUGUCAGUGUCCGACCACCAAAAUUUAAGAAAUAUAGCAGCUACCCAGUACAAAACGGUCAAAUAAAUUAUGCUGAUGACAUUUAUUCACCUAGAGCUUACAGUCAAACCAAAAGAUACAUUACAAGUCGUUUGAGUAAUCCCAAAACAUACAAGCGUUGCGCAGAAGACAGUGUCACUGGUCAAGUCUUUCUGUCAUCCAGAGGCAUAAAUUACAACGGCUUUUACAAGGAGUCAGCUAUUGUUGACCAGAGAUUAGCUGUUUCUCUGUCAAUGGGUUUCAUUGGUGUAAAAAAACCUCUAGCAGGGGAAGUAACGCAUGCUCUUUUACGAGCCCACGAUUCUUGCGGUCGAGUGUGUCACACGGCUUGCAAAGAUCCCGUAACUAAAGAAUUUAAAGAUUGCAGUGGUGCUGUUGCUAUUAGUACUGAACCCCCACUUAUGUAUGGAUCAGACUAUGACGAAGCUGUGAUGAGUGUAUUUGAUUAUGAAUUUAACAGCGAGUGUCCAAGAUUCAAGACAGACAACUUUUUUAUUACAUUUUAUUGUGAUUAUCACAACGACUUCCCCUAUGCUGAGACUGUCCAGAAUUCUCCUCCAAAGCCAGUUGUAACAGCUCCAAUUGAAAUCCCAUUGCCAACUUCAGGUUGUAAAGUAACAAGCGACUGUACACUUAGUAUCCCUUGUGUCAGCCAAUAUCGACAGUGCAAUUUUUUCAAUGAAAAACAUGUGUGCCAAAGUUCUUGCAGAGCUUAUGCAGUUUGCACAUAUGGAAGGUACUUUCAAAGGCUCUGCCCAGAAGGACAUUAUUUUGACAACAGUUCAAAAAGAUGUAUAGCAGGUUACUGUCAGCCAGGUUCACCAAGAAUAGUAAGACCACGAUUUGGAUUUGGACAUUAAACAGCCCAAUCAAUGUGAUAAAUUUUUAAUAAUUUUACUUGAAGUUUUAAAUUGCUUAAAUUUUCAUUGUAAAUAUGAAUCUAUUUACAACUGCAGUGAGGCUGGAUAAUUUCAGCUGCUAUAAAAACAAGUUAUCAUGUUUUUUUUCUUUCUAUUAUUGCUUCUUUCUAUUAUUACUAAUUCUGAUUAUUCAUACGUGUUUUGGGAAAAAAAAUAAUCUGAAACUGGCAAAAGUACACACAAAUCACCAAUAUCAUUGUUUAAUAAUACAUAUUGUAACAAUUGAUUAGAUUGUUUGUUCAACAUAAACUAAUACCAAUCACAAUUAUUAUUAUAAAUUAGAAAAUGUACUUUUAAUAAACCCUCAGUAAAUAUAUAAAACUUUAAAUUUAAAAUAUUAAGUAUACCAAUUAAUAGUGCUACUGCAAUACCAAUGUGUUAGCCAUCAGUUCUAAUAUAAAUAAUAUAAUAUAAUUUGUACAUAAUUCUAGAAAUUUACUAAAAGAUUUUAAUGUGAACAUCUGUUUUUUUUUUUUAAAUUAACAUACUUUUGUAUUGCUUAAUAAUAAGUAACAGUUGCUGUUACUGUAUAAAAAAAGGUUCAAUGAUUUAAAAUUUACUUUUGUAUUGCUAAAUAAUAAGUAACAGUUACUUUUACUGAACAAGAAAGGUUCAAUUAUUUAAAAACAAAUAUAAUCUGCAAAAAAAGUAGUGUUUGAAAAAGAAUUCAUUAUCUUGAUGUUUUAUGGUCCAUAUUUGUCCAAUAUAUUAUGUCACUUGGUCCAUCUAUAAUUUUAAACGUUUGAUAUCUUCAUUGCGGAAAUCAAUUCUGAAAUAAAACAAAAGAAAAUCAAUAUUUAAUUUUAAAUAACCCUAUUCAAGUUUUAUUGCAAGGUUUCUAUUAUAAAUCUAAAACUCCAUACAAAGUUGAAUAUACUUUUUCACAAAAAGCAGAAAUGGUUGAAU